AUGGAAAAUUUAUUAUCAUUCGAUAUAAAGUUAGCAAAGCAGCCACCGGUCUUCUUCUCUAAUCAGUGCAUUACUGGAACCGUUAUUAUUGAAUUAAGUAGUGCCAUGGUAGUAAAUGGUAUUGCUGCUCGCAUCUAUGGCCGUUCUUUUACUAAAAUUGAAGUUGCUCAUACAACCUCUGUAGAUGAUACUGACGAUAAGUCUACAACUCAUCAGGAUACGGAAAUUCUUACCGAGGAGGAAGUAUAUUUAGAUCAUUGCUUAAACUUAUUGAGUAAUGCAAGAAUGCCUUCAUCCUUUGAACAUGGCUCAAAUUGUAAUAUUCGAUAUGAAAUUACUGCUAGUAUUAGUAGAAAGGAAGAAAAUCCUGUACAUUCACAAACAAAGAUGAUUACAGUUCUUGAAUGUAUUGACAUCAAUCAAGCUUCUUUGACGCAACGUCCAUAUCCUCAAGGAGAUGAAACAAAGUUUCCAAGGACGUGUUGCUGCUCAUCGGGCCCAGUUAAAUUGACGGCGUGUGUUGAUCGUAACGGUUAUUGUCCUGGCGAAGGAGUUAUACUUGAUGCGAAAUGUGAAAAUCUAUCUUCUAGAACUGUAGAUUGUAUUAAGCUAAGAUUAUUUCGAUAUGUUACCUGGUUCGCCCAAGGUCGUUCGCAGAGAGCCAUUAAAUGCUAUUAUGAACAUGAAUCACGUUCCAAGGUUUUACCUGGCCAUUUGUUUAAUUGGCAGAAUGAAAUUAUUUAUCUUCCUGCGGUUCCACCUACCAUCCAAUCCAGCAGUUUAAUAUCUGUAACUUAUGAACUAAUGGUGUUUGCUAUCGUUUCUACGGACGACUGCUUACAUAUAUCCUUGCCAUUUAUUAUUGGAACUGUUCCUAUGCAAAUGCAAUGCCAAUCGCAAGCGGAAUCACCAUUACAGCCCUCUAUACCAGGAAGCCUACCAUCUGAUUCGCAGAUUUUACCUUCCAAUUCGUCCACACGCUGUAAUAAAGCAAAAUUGAUACCGCAAAUGCUAAGCUACAUAGAAUGUAUUGAUGGUUUUUGCCAGCAGGAAGAAAACUUGGAAGAAACAAGCGACGAUAACAAUAAAGCUCCAUUUGUACCAUUAUACACAUUUGCUACAAAUUAUAAGGUUUCGUUGCAGAGAUAAAUUUUUACUUUAAUUCAUAGAGUUUCUAUACGGAUGAUACUAUAUGAAUCAUCUGCUUAAAAAAAAA